ACUAGCACCAAGUCAACAUCUAAUGGACGAAAAUGACGAUGUGAAGACGCGCGUUCGCAGUAAACUCUUGGCAGAUAGAGUGAAACUUUGGUUGUCACCAUAUACAACACAAGAUGGCAAGAAAGGACAAGAUCCUGAGGAUUUAGCGAAGAAAUAUUCUAGUGAGCUUGGACAGCCUGUUGAAGUUAUUUCCAGAGUUUUGGAAGAGUUGAGAAUUCAUUCAGUGAACAAACUAGCUACAAGAAAACUCAAAACGAACCAGCAAAUCUCUCUUUGUGUCACUCUGACAGGAGGAGAUACGAGUGAAAACAUUAAAGCUACUCAUGUUGAAGCUCAGCUGGAAGAUCUGACGUCAUCACUGACCGAAAGGAUCGCUGGUGUAUUUCAUGUGCCUUGUGAGCGACUGAAACUGAUCAGUGAAGCAAAGAUGCUCAACGACAGGUUGUCUCUUGCUGUUCAAGGUGUUAGAGAUGGCAGUCAAGUUCUUGCUGUGUUACUGAGUGAGGAAGAAGCUGAAGCAGCUCGCAGACAAGAGCAACAGAAGAUGGCAGAAGAGAGUCUCAUGAAGACGAGACAAGCUGCGGAGAUUUUAGCAACACGAGACCAAGAUGACAACAGGUACAGCGUAGUAAUAACUGAUCAAUCUGGGAAAGAACUUUCUUUACCAAUAUCUGAGAGGAAGUCAUUAGUUACUGCAAUGGCUUUACAUGAGAAAGGGAGGGCUCUUGGGAAGAGAAAGAACUAUGUGGAAGCUCUAGUGGUUUUGAUUGAAGCAGAUGGACAGUUUAAGCAAUGUCGAAGUGAUAUUCUCCAAGCAGUUGAUAACUAUGCCAUUCUCUGUCUGGACAUUGUUUGGUGCUACUGGUGUCUCAAGAACUUGGAGCAUCUUCCUGAUGCAGAUGCACGGCUGAGAAUUUGUCAGACGUCGUUUGAGAAGAGCUAUGGAUCAAACAUGGAACGACUUAUGAUGUUACGGGGAAGCAUCGGAAUGGAGUUGGUGCUUUACGUGCGGCUUUACCUUCUUCAAGCUGUUACAGCUUAUCAUCAAGGAAGGACUGACGUUGCUAAAUCUCUUUUGGCUAAAACCGAGUCAAUUGCUGCCAGACUUCACGUCAAUGAAGAAAAGCUAGCAGAAGUCAUUGCAGUUGGCUUCUCAGUUGCAGAAGCAAGACUUGCACUGCGAGCUCAUGACAACAACGUUGCUGUUGCAGUAUCAUACCUCAUGGAAAAGCGAGAGGAUAAGAAGAGACGAAUGGAAAUUGAGAAGAAAGAACAGAAACAGCGUUUACGUCAGAAUCGUUAUGGGAAGACAGCAGAUGGUUCGAAGGUGAAGGUUGAAAUUGUUGAUCUGCUAACUGGAAUGGGAUACUUGGAAAAGACUGCUGCAGAAGCUCUAAAACAGGCAAACAAUGAUAUCAACUUGGCUCUCCAGGUCUUGCAGGACAAUCCUCAUCUAUUGGACCUUCCAGACGUGCAAGAUGCAGAAUUCCAAGUCUCAGAUGAGCUAUUGGCUGAGGUAACGUUUAUGGGGUUUGAUCCUUCAACUGCUAUGGCAGCUUUGAGACAUCAUCGUGGCAACGUCCAGAGGUGUGUUGAUGACCUUCUAGCUGGUUGGGUUCCUCCAGAUGUGACAGCGAGUGUCAAUGAACAGUCAGCCACUGCAGCCCAAAUAAACGAAGAGGAGAGAGAAGCAGUAGAAUCUCUUGUGCCUGACUUACAAAACGAUGAAGACGAUUACUUGGAUCUUACACUAGAAGAAGAGCUAGCAGCUAUACAAGAGUAUCGUCUACUUAUCAACACAAAUCCUAGCUAGAAAUCAUAAACGAC